AUGAGUCGUGUACUCAAAGAGCGAUUACCACCAUGGAUGGAUUUCAAAUUAACCGAUAAAGUACUACAUAAAGAAGCUAUAGAUAAAAUAUUAGAUAUUAAAAUGAGUAAAAAGACAUUCUUACAAUCACCACCGAUCGACUCUGACUAUUAUUGA